AUGAGGCAAUGGUAUAGUCAUCAGGGCCACCAGAAAAUUACAUCAGAAGAGAAGAACACAGUUACCACUAUGACAGAGUUGAGUCCCACAGCAGGGAAGAACUCUCAAGAUAUACAAGGGGAUGAGAAGCUCAGCCCUAGGAAAGCUCCUGGCAUUUGUUCCACUCGCUAUGGAAUAGCCUUCAUGGUACACCUCUGCAACUUCAUAAUAAUGGCACAAAAUAUUAUCAUGAAUAUCACCAUGGUAGCCAUGGUCAACAGCACAACCCAUCAGCCCUCAUUUAAUGACUCCACUGAGGGGUUGCCUAUUGAUUCCUUUGGUGACCCAAAUAAUUCUCCAAAGAGUCUUCCUGCAGGGGCCCCUGUGUAUGAUUGGAACCCUCAAAUCCAGGGCAUCAUCUUUAGUGCUAUCAACUAUGGCAUGAUUCUGACACUGGCUCCCAGUGGGUACCUGGCUGGAAGAGUAGGAACAAAACGAGUGGUUGGUGCUGCUCUGCUUGGAUCCUCCCUUCUUGUUCUUUUCACCCCUCUGGCAGCUGACUUUGGACUAGUUUUCCUCACUGCAACUCGAAUACUUCAGGGCAUGAGCCUGGGGUUAGGAUAUGGGGGUCAGUUUGCAAUCUGGGAAAGAUGGAGUCCUCCACAUGAACGAAGUCGACUCUGUGGCGUUGCUAUAUCAGGAUUGCUGCUGGGAACCUCCAUUGCCAUCCUGCUGGGUGGCAUCAUCAGUCAAACCCUCGGGUGGCCUUUUGUCUUCUAUAUAUUUGGAGGUUUUGGCUGUGUCUGCUUUCCUCUCUGGUGUGUUUUGGUUUAUGAUGAACCCAUCGCUCAUCCAUGGAUAAACAUUACAGAGAAAGAAUAUAUCCUAUCCUCCUUGGCCCAACAGGUCAGCUCUACUAAGCAGCCUCUUCCCAUCAAAGCUAUGGUCAGAUCUCUACCCCUCUGGUCCAUGUGUGUUUGCUGUUUCAGCCAUCAGUGGUUAAUUAAUGUAAUAACUAUAUAUGCACCAACUUACAUUAGUUCUGUGUUCAACAUUGAUAUUAGAAAUAGUGGUUUCCUGUCUGCCCUUCCUUUUAUUAUUGCCUGGGUCGUUUGCCUCCUGGGAAGUUACCUGGCAGAUUUCCUUCUGACCAAGAAUUUUAGGCUUGUUACAGUGAGGAAAAUUGCCACAGUUCUAGGAAAUCUCCCCUCCUCAACAUUCCUUUUGGUUCUGCCAUUCGUUGCCUCCAACUAUAUCAUAGCAGUGAGCCUUCUGACACUCUCCUGUGGACUAGGCCUGUUAUGUCAGCCAGGGAUCUAUGUCAAUGCCUUAGAUAUUGCUCCAAGGCAUUCUAGUUUUCUCAUGGGAAUGUCAAGGGCAUUUGCACAGCUAUCUGCUGUCCUGGCACCCACUGUCAGUGGAUUUCUUCUCAGUCAGGACCCUGAAUUUGGGUGGAGGAAUGUCUUUUCCUUGUCAUUUGUCAUUAACACAUUAGGACUGAUAUUCUAUCUUAUCUUUGGAAAAGCAGAUGUCCAAGACUGGGCUAAAGAAAGAAAACUUACUCAUUUAUGA